UUAAAACCAAUUUGCAUAUUAGUAAUAUGGCAAGUGAUUUAAAAACCAAAACUUUUCCUAUAAUUUUUUUUUUAAAUUCUAUCCUGGCCCGGCCCAAACAGGGAAAAGGUAGAAAAAUGGGGAAAUCGAUGAAGGCGGGAGGAUACGAUUUGGACGCAUUGCUGGCAGUUAUGAAGUUAAUGUGAAUCUGAACGGAAACUGAAAAAACGUAAAUGAGUUUUAAUUUUGUGGAUUAGAGUUUCACUUGGAAUCUAAUUUUUUUUUUUUUUUAAAUAGUAAAAUAUCGCUUCCUGGGCUGUUCUUAUCUUCUUUAACCUUUCAAUCAAUCCUCCUGUCCUGCCCCAAGCAAGCAGUAAAAAGCAUAGAUUCGCAAAAAGAAAGAAAGAAAGAAAGAUUUCAAAAAUUCAUAAUAAAGUAUAAAGAGCGGAUGGGAAACCAGAGGUGAAGAGGGGAUUGACUGCACAGAUGUUCUCCAAAUAUCAAAAGGACGCCGAAAAAGGAAACAUCCGAAACCUCCUCUGGCAUCUCUUCCCAAAAAAAAAAAGAAGCAAACUGUCUAUAUAUGUAUAUGUAUCAUCAUAAUAUAUGAAUAUGGACAUGAAUGAGUGAUAUCUCCUCCAUACAACAUUUCACAAGCCAAAAACAAUGGCAUCUUGCCAAUAUCAGCCUAUUAAAGACCGAGACCUUGGCAAUAGAAAAUACAAGUCCUCUAGCUGUACCUGCACUGAUGGCAACGGCGAUGAAGAUGUUGAAUUGGCUCUUCCAAUUGCAAAGCCGAUUGAUGGUGCUAAUAAAGCCAUUCAAGAAAAGAAUUCCUUAAUCAUUUCUGCCAACUCUCACCAGCAGCGUCUCGUUUCUCUAGAUGUUUUUCGCGGACUCACUGUUUCG